UGAUCAUAGCGGAACGUUAUUGCGCGCAGUAGUAACACACGCUCAUAUCAACACAGCUAUAGCAUUAAAUAUACAGUUGAUUCAUUUGUUUGUUUAUGGCUCGUCCUGGAAUGGCGGAACAGAUCACGAGAGAAGAUGCGUUGACACGGGAGGGCUACAGACAUGCGGGUCACAUUAUGCUGUACGGAGACUCUAGUGCCAAACUCUUCGGGAAAAUCCCAAUCAAACAUAUAGUACUGAUGCAGAUGCGUUUUGAUGGCUUGCUGGGUUUUCCAGGGGGAUUGGUGAACCCAUCUAAGGAGACGCUGGAGGCGGGGCUUAGUAGAGAACUACACGAGGAGGUGGGCGUGGCUGUGCCUGUGGGCGUGGACAAUCACGUGUCCUCUUGCCUUUCUCCAUCUAGCCCUAGGCUCAUCACGCACUUCUACAUCAAGAAGAUGACAGAGUCAGAGCUGAAAGAGAUAGAGAGAGCAGCUGUAACUGCAGCCACAGACCAUGGUUUAGAGGUAUUAGGUAUGGUCAGAGUGCCGCUCUACUUCCUGAAGAAUGGAGGUGGUCUGCCCUAUUUCCUGUCCCACUCGUUCAUCAGUAACUCUCGGGCCCAGCUGCUCUCUGCCCUGCAGCACUGUAGGCUGCUGUCCCAGGGGGAGCUGGAGAAGGCUGUGAGACAGGCUGAGCAGAUGAGACGCACAAACAGUGGUGAUCCACACUGACAUCAGUUUACACAGCGGUGCAUUUUUACCCCUGUGCCACAGCUACAUCACCCCUCAUUGCAUUAGAAACUCCCUCUUGUCCUCACCCUACCCUCAGUUCCUGAUUCAUGCAUGUGCAGCAUGUACUCUCUGUAGAUAUCCUGUGUCUCAGAGGAUCAGAGCUGUUUAACAGGGCCUUAACUGUUUAUCUUAAAUUUACUAACAAUUACUGACUCUAAAUUCACUUAAUGGUAUUAUUUUUACUUUAUGUCAGUAUUUCCUGUUCUACUGUACUAGUGCAUCAUUAGAGCACAUAAACACAACUCUGGGAUGUUGCAAUAAUUAUUCCUCAUAACAAUUUAAUUUGUUAUUAAUAUGAACACAUAUAAUUUGCAUUUGCAAAUGAAUAAUAUAUUAUUUACGUACAAGUGAAUAAGAGACUUGUACGCCAUUUGUUUAUGAGAGUUAGAUGUUUGCAAGAGAAAUUGUGCAUGCUGGUUUGACUAAUAAACAUCAGUCUGCAUAUUAGCAUCACAUUUGUAUCAAAGCUGAGGUUUUCAUCACAACACAUGCAGUACUAAGAAUGACCACAGAGUUGCGCUGUCAGGCUGCCUCUGUUACAAGCAAGUCUUUAUCUCUGUUUGUAGUUUAAAGCUACAGUGUGUGAUUUCUGGGCCACUUGCUUCACUGAACAGAAUUGUAAAAAAUAAUGUUUUUUUUUUUUUUUUAACAUUCCCUUAUCUACCAUUGGUUAGUAAACAGACAGUCCCACCCCAAACUCAGGCCAUUGGUUGCACCAGUGUUGCAGAGAUCUACAGUGUUUACGCUUUUUGGAUAACUUUAUGAGUGGCUUAUUGUCUUGCAUCACCUUUAAAUUAGUGUUACAUUGUUACUAUUUAGAAAACUUUCAUAACACCCAUCAAUAAUGAAAUGAGCGUGCAGUUCACUUUAACUCUUAUUUCAGCUUCCCCUUUCUUGUAGGAAACAGUUCCAGAGAAUUCAUGACUUUCAGUAACUCCAUUACUCAGAGGUCUUUCUAUGACAUGUCUAGCUCAUAUGAUGGAUUUUACUCAUUUUCAGUAAUUCACCGUUCUAAUGAUUACGUUGUAGCUGUAUCUUGUAGCCCAAAACAUUGCUGCCUGUUUUGUUAAAAGUAGUACUUCACUGCUGGCUAGAUGGGGUUUUAAUAAAAGUUGACUGUCUAUGCAGUAGAAAUGCAAUUUUUUUUUAAAGUACUGUAAAAUCUAUAGUUUUCACAAAAGCCUUGGAGCUGUCAAAAGUCCACCGUAUUACAUCUUUUGCUGACAAAUAAACGGGGAUAUCUUGGUGCAAGUAACACUGAAAGAUUCUGUUCAUAUACUACCGACACUGUAACAAUACAAAGCUAGU